UAGUAUAUCCAUUAGGUGGCCCAUCUAGUGAUAGCCCAAUCAAUUACUGUAGGUAGAGUAAGGAAGCCACUAUGGAACAGUAAAUUGUUAAUUUUAUUUUUAUUGUCAGGGAAGUUGGAUUUUCUGUCUUUAUAUGUUAUUUAUAUAAGUUAGCUUAGCUAACAGAUUCAUGUGGAUAGGGAGUGAGGGAAAAAUGGAAGGACAUAUGUUGUGCUAAAUAUUUUUCAUUAUAUAGAAUUGCAAUAUUUUGUUCCUGCAGCUGGAUUGAUUACCAUACAUUUAUUUAUUAGAUUUUUAUCCUGCCUUUAUUAAAGUAAUUCAAUGUGGGUAGUUCUUGUUCACUUUUUGUCCAUCAAUAAUAUUAGAAUUUCAUUUCUGAAAAGUUUUUGCCCUUCAUGGAUAUUAUCAUUUAUUAUGAUCAUGAUGUGAGUACAUAAAUUGGCAGAGAUAAUAGUCAAUAAUCAUUCAUUAACCUUAAACCAUUUGUGAGGGUGGAAGGAAUGCAAGACAGCCAAAAUAAAUGUACAUAAUUGGUGCAUGAAACUGGCAGGCCAAAAAAAAAUGGCUGGACAAAAAAGAAACAGGAGUUCAAAUGACGCAAUAAAUGUUGCAAAAACAAAACAUUGUAGAAACCAGCUUUACUAACAGAAGCUAAAAUGUAAGAAAAAAGAUGGUAGUCUAUUCUAAAGAUGUUAAGAUUGGUCUUUAAAUAACAUUUCUGCAAAUUUAUAUAGUUGGUUUUGUAAAAGAUAAAAAAUAAUGGCAUGUAAUAUUGAGAUGUAUAAAAAUGGUAAGUUGAAUUAUUGCUAAACUUGUGAGUAAAUUUUGUAGCAUCAAGUCAGAAAGCAAAAAAUGGACACAUUCCAAGAUGUAUUCCAGAAAGUAGAGAAGAUUGGGGAGGGCACCUAUGGAGUCGUGUAUAAAGCAAGAAACAAGCAAACAGGCCAGUUAGUUGCUCUGAAGAAGAUCCGACUUGAUUCGGAGACAGAAGGAGUACCUAGUACAGCAAUCAGAGAAAUCUCACUGUUAAAAGAACUGAAACACCCAAAUAUAGUGAGGCUCCUUGAUGUAGUGCAUAAUCAGAAGAAGCUAUACUUAGUCUUUGAAUAUUUGAAUCAAGAUCUUAAAAAGUACAUGGACUCAUCUCGUACAGGAGAGCUUCCUCUAAACUUAAUCAAGAGCUAUCUUUACCAACUGUUACAAGGUGUAAGCUUCUGUCAUUCUCACAGAGUUAUCCACAGAGACCUGAAGCCACAGAAUUUGCUCAUAAACGAAAUGGGAGCCAUCAAACUAGCUGAUUUUGGUCUAGCUAGAGCUUUUGGAGUCCCUCUACGUACUUACACACAUGAGGUGGUAACCUUAUGGUAUCGGGCUCCUGAAAUUUUACUGGGUUGUAAAUAUUACUCAACAGCUGUGGAUAUAUGGAGCAUUGGCUGUAUCUUUGCAGAAAUGGUGACAAGAAAAGCCUUGUUUCCUGGAGACUCUGAAAUUGACCAAUUAUUCCGGAUUUUCCGUACACUUGGUACUCCAACUGAAUCACUGUGGCCAGGAGUCACAAAUCUUCCUGACUAUAAAGGAAAUUUCCCCAAAUGGCCAAGGAAAGAUAUGAAGGUGAUCAUUCCAAACUUGGAUCAAGAUGGACGAGACUUAUUGCUGCAACUAUUAAUGUAUGAUCCCAACAAGCGAAUCUCAGCCAAAGCUGCUUUGAACCAUCAGUAUUUCUGGCAAGCUCCACGGGAUGCUAAACAGUGUGUGGUAGAACAGUAUGGGCCAUGAGAUUAAGAAGUUCUGGUUAAUGCUUUGCUGGAAUUAGCUACUGGAUCGUCACGUUCUAAACAAUUUAGCAAAGGAGCAGCUGUAACCAUCAUUAAAAAAUGUUCUUGGCCUUUUGCCCAGUUUAAUAUUCAUGCAAACAUUUUGACAAUUGUAAAUGGUACAGAUCCUUGUAAGGACUAACAGUUCCUUCUUUAAUAGAGGUGAAAAAGUUUAAUACUUUUAGUAUAUGAAAAGGAGUAAUAUGACUUGCUAUCUGAGAAGUAGAAAGAGAAAAAAAGUUUAAUUAAUCCAGUUUCUGUAAUAUAUUAUUCACUCUGCUGCAGUUCAAGUACUAGCAUUACAAGAUAUGGUUAUUAUUAUUUAGAUUAGGCUAGCACAUUGUACAGAAGCCUAGGCACUGAUGUUGGUUUUUCUUUUUUUAUAUGAACUCAUACUUUCACAACACUACUGAAAACUAACCAUGCCAAAAAAAGUGUGAGUGCGUUUGUGUGUGGAGGAACUAGAUAUUACAGAGACACACAGAAAUAUGUUAUACUUGAGUUUCUUUCUAUGUAUAUCCAUCAUAAAAAACAAGAACUUUGUAUAUUUACAUGUGAUGGCAAACCUUUUUUGCCUCGGGUGCCAAAAGCACAUGCUUGCUAUCGCACAUGCUUGUGUGCCCCCCCAUAAUCUAAUGCCCCCUGCCAUGCCUCCCGUGCAUGUGAGUGUGACCCCCCUCACUGCCCCGCACAUGUGCACACGGCUUUCUUGGAGCCUGGGGA